AUCACAAAACAUCAAAUUACGAAUUUGUUGACAACUUCAUUGACCGUUAAAACAAGUUUCUAAAAUAGAUUCAAAAAUUGCAAAUUACUAAUGGAAGAGGGAAGUUCAGCAUCUAAGCCUAACGAAAUAAAACACAGAGAAGUGCAAUUUUACGACAGCGACGAAGAAUUCGGCUUUGGACCGAUGACUUUAAGAGAGGCGAAGGCUAGAUUAAGGAAACCUCUAGAAUCCCACACGUUCACUAUACCGUCCGUUCGUCACACCGUUUAUCAAUUACUCGAUAACUCCGAAUCAUCAAACAUGCCGAAUACUGAUCAAUUCGAAAAAGACGAUUCAAUUCCAACAAUUUCCAGCUAUUUGACGUCUUCAGAAGGUGCCAAUGAACAAUUGAAUAUGAACAAUUCUGGCUCAACGAAUUACUAUUCUAUCGUGGAAUCCAAUGCGGAAAAAAGCUUUCUUGAUCUCUCAACGAAAGAUACUGAGAUUCCAGAAGCACCGGUUAAUCAACCGGUAAAUGAAACUCUAGCAAUGUUAAUUCAAAAGGUACAAGAUCAGACGUAUGUAGAAUUAGAAAAUGAACAUCUUACCUUAAUAAAUCAUACGAUUGAAAGUUUGCCUGAUGACAGUGAGGAAAGUGAUGAUUCUGAUUUGGCACAAGUUAUAAAUUUAUCAAGCGAUGAAGGUAAUUUAACUCAAACUGAUGAAUGUAAAGAGGAUUCCGAUGAGCUUAUAGCUUCCACAUCAUCUACAGAAGAUUUUUCGGUUCCGGAUAUAGAUCUUCAACAGUUUAAUGAAUCCUGCGGACUCUUAGAUACCACUCUGGAUAGAAUUAACGCGAUUUUAGGUCAAGAUCCUGACCCGAUGGUAGAGAACGAGAAGGAAAACGAUUCAGCAGAAACAGAUACAUCUUCUAUACAAUGCAACAUAAUCUCAUCCUCUCAUUUGCAGAAAUAUAAAGAGAAUAUAUUUGAGGACGAACUGGAAACUCCAAAACUAAAACCACCGACAACAGCAGCUAUUAAGUCAGGAUCUCACAAGUAUACUCCAGAAUUCAAAAAACCUAUUGCCAGUGGUUUGCCGAAAUGUAUUAGCAGGACUAAUCCAAAUCUAAAGGAUAUUGUAAGCCCUGUUAGAAUGUACAUAAAAAAUAGCCCGAGGCCUGUUUUAAAACAAAACGUUAAUUCUACUUCCAAACUGCCAAUACUGCGUAACACACAUGCACCUACCAAAAAGAAUAAGGAAAAUUCCACUGUUUUACCCAAUGUUGUUUACACACCGGCACAGAAACAAAUAUUGGAAUCCAACGAAAGCUUCCAUUUGCCUCCGUCUUUAGAUAAGAUGAUCAAGAAGGGAGUAGUCAUUAAACAUGUUUCGGGAUCGAGAAAUUUCCAUCCAAGCGAUACUCUAAAUCCUCAGGCGGAACUUACCCAAAAUAUCUUCAGUAACAGCAGUACUGCAAGUGAUAGCGACGUUUCUUUCUUGCACAGAAAAGUAACAGUACGCAAGGAUUAAUUUUGCUCAUUUUUUUACAUUCUAGCAGGUCUUUUACUGUUUUCAUUUAUUCAUCUUAAUUUACUCGUUUUUUGUUAUUGUAUUAUUUUAUUUUAAUAUUUAAGUCAAUGUAUGAUUAUAAUAUAAACGUUUUUUACUACUUAUAGAUAUUGUAAAUUACUGAAUAUGGGCGCAUUUUAUAUUUGUGAUCGAAAUUGCGGUGUUUUUUGUAAUACAGAUGGAUCUCUUUCUAUAUUCAUAAAAUAUUUUGCUUUGUGA